UCUCUUCCUGGCAGUCAUGUCCUACAUCUUGUCCUUUGAUUACGACAAGACUAACUCCACCUACGGCAACGACACGGGGUACGUCGUGGAUCCCAACACGCUGCCGUGCGAGGUCGGGCCUCUGGACGCCGCUGCAGCCACCGUGUUGAGUGUGUUUCUCGUCGCCAUCUUCCUCCUGGCCGUGCCCGGAAACCUGCUGGUGGCGUGCGUGAUUGCGCACAGUCGCCGUUCACUGACGGCGUCCGACGUGUACUUGUUCCAUUUGACCGUGGCGGACGGACUGAUGGCGUUGACCGUGCCCUUUUGGGCGGUGGCGCUGACCCGCGGCUGGAUCUUCGGCGACGGCAUGUGCAAAGCGCUCAACCUGAUCUUCGAAGCCAACUUCUACACCAGCAUCCUCUUCCUGGCGUUCAUCAGCGUCGACCGCUACCUGGUCAUCGUACGCGCCAACGAGGCCAUCAGGAGCCCGCAGAGGAAGUGCAGUCGACUGAUGUGCGGCGCCGUGUGGGCGCUAGGGAGCACCCUGGCUCUGCCGGCGCUCUUCAACGACGCCACCAAGCUGGACCAGGACUCGGACAGGAUGGUGUGCUCAGAGAGCUUCAACAUAGGCAGCCCCCCCUUGUGGAGGACGGCCACACGCGCCUUACGCCAUAUUUUUGGCUUCCUGCUGCCUCUGGUGAUCAUGCUCGCCUGCUACGGCAUCACCAUCGCCAGAUUGCUGCAAACGCGAGGCUUUCAGAAGCACCGUGCCAUGCGAGUCAUCGUGGCCGUGGUGGUGGGCUUCCUGCUGUGCUGGACUCCGUACCACCUGGCCCUGAUGGUGGACACCCUCCUCAGGGCAAAGCUGAUCCUCUUUGACUGCGGCACGCGGCAGGCGGUUAGCGUGGCGCUGGUUUUCAGCAACAGCUUGGCUCUGCUGCACAGUGGCAUCAACCCGCUCCUCUACGCCUUCGUGGGCGAGAAGUUCCGCAAAAACAUGAAGGUCCUCCUUCACAGGAAGGUCAGGCAGGACAUGGCGUCGGGGUCAAAAUUCAGCAGGUCCACGUCUCAGACGUCUGAGGGUCACGGCGCCGUGGCCUGAAAUCUGACUUGGAGGAGUCCGCCCUUUUUUGGGCAGAGCUCCGCCUACAGACUUCACUGACCGUGGCGUGGACCUCCCGCAUUAA